AUGGAUUCAGAAGCAGAGAAUCUCAUACUCACGAGCCAAGAUAACCGGCAACACCCAUACUUAUCAGGCAAUUUUGCACCGAUCAAGAAGACAACUCCGCUGACGCCAUGCCCCUACUCGGGCUCCAUUCCCCUCGACCUCUGCGGCGGGCAGUACGUCCGCAAUGGCGGGAACCCCGUCACAAACGAUGAUCUCGGCCGGGAUGCUCACUGGUUCGACGGCGAUGGGAUGCUAAGCGGCGUGCUGUUCCGAAGGACUGGGGAGAAAGGAACCACGGUCCAGCCCGAGUUUGUGAAUCAGUUCUUGCUCACAGAUGUGUACGCCUACGCAAAGCGAAGGGGUGGAUCCGCUGGCGAGGAUGAUCAGAGUCUGAGACGACCUGUUCUUCCCAGCAUCGCAACGCUGGUGAACCCGACCUUGGGGAUCUUCACCAUCGUGUGGGCCAUUCUUAGGACAGUCAUUCUGGUCCUCAUGUCGCAUCUGUCGAGAGUCAAAUAUCCUGUCAAAAAGAUUAGCGUCGCCAACACCUCAGUCCUCUACCACGACGGCCGCGCACUGGCAUUGUGUGAGAGUGGCCCGCCACUGAGAUUUGCCUUGCCAGGGUUGGAGACUAUCGGAUGGUUCAACGGCCGCAGCGCUGAGAACGAACCCAGGCAUCAAGACAGCAAAAAGAGAGGGGGUUUCGGGGGCAACAGUGCGCUGUCUUUCAUGAAGGAAUGGACUACAGCUCACCCACGCGUCGACCCCGUAACGAAGGAGCUCAUCGCAUUCCACGCCGUAUUCAUCAAGCCAUUUUGCUACUACUCCAUCGUCCCGCCUUCAGAUCCCAAGCUGUCGACGUUGCAGCCACAAUUACCUGCCCCUCGAUUCUCGAUGCCUGUUCCCGGUGUCAAAGCACCGAAGAUGAUGCAUGACUUCGGCGCCUCCCGAAACCACACGGUCAUCCUCGACCUGCCUCUGACACUCGAUCCGCGGAACCUUGCCCGAGGCGUUCCUGUGUUGUCAUAUGAUUCACGAGGAAAAGCGCGCUAUGGCGUAUUCCCACGAUAUCGACCCGAUCUUGUACAAUGGUAUGAGACGAAUCCGUGCGUCAUCUUCCACACAGCCAACUGCUGGGACACCAUCACCCACACGGGCAGCAUAAAUGGCGCUGAAUUACAAGAGACCUCCGUCAAUUUGCUUGCGAGCAGGUUGACAUCAGCGUCGCUGGUUUUCAGCGCUGGAAACCUGCCCACACCUGCUGUCAAACCUGUUCCACCAGAGUAUGCGGAGGAGGAGCAGUGCAGGCUCUACUACUACAACUUUCCUCUAUCCGCGAAUGAUGGAACUGACACGCCUGGCCAUCGAAUCAGGCACCAGUGGGCAUUGUCAGCCAUUUCAUUCGAAUUCCCUACGCUGUCGCCAAAUCACUCCAUGAGCGAGGCACGUUAUGUCUAUGGAUGCUCAACAGGUUAUGCAUCCUACACCGUUGCCUUGGGUAAAGCAGCCAAGAUCGACUACCUCGCAAAAAUCGACGUAAAAACGCUCAUUGCACGUGGUGUUCAGCAUCCUCCGCAACCUAUAAGGGGUUGUGUGGAUACUCGCACCGUCGCUGAAAUCAGGGCCAGUCGCGACCCCGACGAUCCCAUCAAGCUCUUCAAGAUGCCCGAUGGGUGGUUCGCGCAGGAGCCGCGCUUCGUCCCUCGCAAGGAAAGCGAGCGGCAAAGCGAGGAUGACGGGUGGCUGUUGACGUACGUGUUUGACGAGAGUCAGCUGACUGCGGAUGGCGAAUGCGACGAGGAUGCGAUUAGUGAACUUUGGAUCAUCGAUGCGAGGAAUAUGAAGGAUGUUGUGGCGAGAGUGAGACUGCCGCAGCGCGUGCCAUAUGGACUUCAUGGGUCCUGGUUCCCCGAGGAAGAGAUCAACGGGCAGAAAACCUUCACGGCUGUGAGGAUGUUGGAGGAGAGGGAGGGAAAUGCAUUUUCAAGGAGUUUCCGGGGCAUGGUUGAGCGAUGGCUUGGUUAA